AGAUCUGAAUGAACAUUCCAUCCUCAAGAAUCUCAGACUGCGAUAUGAACGGGAGCUCAUUUAUACCUACACGGGCAGCAUCCUUGUGGCUGUCAACCCCUACAAGAUGUUCAACAUCUACGGCCUGGACAUGGUCAAGCGAUACGAGGGCCAGCCCCUGGGGGACCUUCCACCACAUCUGUUUGCGGUGGGUAGUGCGUCCUACACCAAGAUGAUCAAGGAUACAGAGAACCAGGUGUUGGUGAUCAGUGGCGAGAGUGGUGCCGGUAAGACCGAGAGCACCAAGCUGAUCAUGCAGUACCUGGCAGCCGUCAACAUGUCGGGGAACAACCUCAUCACAGAGCAGAUCCUGGAGGCCAACCCGCUGCUCGAGUCCUUCGGCAACGCCAAGACCAUCCGCAACGACAACUCUUCCCGCUUCGGCAAAUACAUCGAGGUCUACUUCAAGAGUGGGGCCAUUGUUGGUGCGAAGACGUCGGAGUACCUUCUGGAGAAGUCCCGUAUUGUGACACAGGCCCCAGAAGAGAGAAACUACCAUGUUUUCUACGAGAUGCUGGAGGCGUUGACCGAUGAACAGAAAGCCAAAUAUGGACUGCAAACAGCCCCCAAAUACUUCUACCUCAACCAGGGCGGCAGUUCUCUCAUCCCUGGCCGCGACGACGCCGACAACUAUCGCAAGCUUGUGGCGGCCAUGGACAUCCUCAACUUUGAGAGGCAGGAACAGGAAACCAUCAUCAAAAUCCUGGCAUCCGUCUUGCACAUCGGCAAUAUCUACUUCAAGGCUGUGCAUGUGAUUGCCAAAGCAUUGUACGGCCGGCUGUUCUCAUGGCUGGUGGAGAGAGUGAACAUGAUCAUCUGCCGCGCGGAGAGAGAGAAGACGACGUCUCUUGCCGUGCUGGAUAUUUUUGGAUUUGAGGACUUCCAUCUGAACAGCUUUGAGCAGCUGUGCAUCAACUACGCCAACGAGACGCUGCAGUAUUUCUUCAACCAGCACGUGUUCCGUAUCGAGCAGAAGGAGUACACCAAAGAGAAGAUCCGUUGGGAACACAUCGAGUUCAAGGACAACCAGCCGACCAUCGACCUCAUCGCCACCAAGCCCGCCGGCAUCCUGCACAUCCUGGAUGACGAGAGUAACUUCCCUCAGGCGUCGGACCAGUCGUUCCUGGAGAAGUGUCACUUCCACCACUCGGGCAACGAGCUCUACGACAAGCCACGCAUGUCUGACCCAGAGUUCUUCAUCGUCCACUACGCCGGGAAGAUCAAGUACAAUGUGCAACAUUUCCUGGAGAAGAACAAGGACACACUGCGGAGUGACGUGAUUGAGCUCAUGUGUGAGAGUAAGAACAAGAUGAUGUCUCAGAUGUUCAAGGACCUACGCGACCGCCUCAUCACCAAGACCCUCAGCAAAACCACCGGCCGCUACGUCACGCUCAAACCACGGACACCGACUGUCGCAGCCAGCUUCAACGAGUCGCUGUUGUCUCUCAUUGACACCAUGUCCAGGUGCAACCCUUUCUUCGUGCGCUGUGUCAAGCCCAACGCCACGAAGUCUCCCAUGACCUUUGAGGACAUCGUUGUGAUGGAUCAGCUCCGCUACACCGGCAUGCUGGAGACAAUCCGCAUCCGCAAGAUGGGCUAUCCAGUCCGGAUCAAAUUCCCGCACUUCAUCAAAAGAUACCACUGCCUGAUGAAGGGCCAACAGAUCAAGACAGGCCAAGUUCCCUGGGACGUGUGUAAACUCAUCCUGCAGACCCAGGGGGCAGAGUUCAAGGACGAGUACCAGAUCGGGGCCACCAAGGUGUUCAUGAAAGAAGCGUUCGAGCAGCGGCUGGAUGUGGAGACACUGAGGAUCCAGAGACAUGCCGCCAUCAAACUACAGACCUACAUCCGGAUGUUCAUCGCGUACAACAAACACCAGAGGCUGCGCAAGUCCACACAGACGAUACAGAGGAUGUUGAGGAUGUGGAAGACUAGACCCGUGAGGAGAUGCGCCAGAAGCUAGAGCAGCAGAAGAUUGCACGUCGUCAGCAGGAGGCUCAGGAGAGACUGGAGAGAGAGCGGAGGGAGAGACAAGCUCAGAUGAUGGCGAGCAUUGCCAACCUGGAUAUACCGGGGGAGCUGGCCUUUGUCUUCAGCAAAAUUGACGGGUCUGACCUACGAGGGUCUGCGGGACGAGAUCCUGUGCCAGCUGGUGAACCAGACGUGGCAGAACCAGAACGUGGAGCGGGCCGACCGGGUGUGGCGUCUGCUGGCAAACUGCCUGUGCUGCUUCAACCCCAGCCCCACCCUGUUCAAAUACUUAUUGAAAUAUGUCUCUGACGUUGGUCUGGACGGCUACAAGCUGGUGUGUCAACACAAGAUCCUCCAGAGCGCCUUCAUGGACCCACAACUCAGCCGUCGUUACCCGCCCACCUUCCUGGAGUGGCGGGGCCUGCAGAGGAAGGCGAACAUGGCGCUGGAAGUCAAGUAUCCUGAUGAUAUCAACGCCAUUGGACAUGUGGAGUCGUGGACCUCCGGGGAACUGUUCACCUCUCACCUGCUGAAACUGAGAGGGCUUCAGGACAACUGCCAGGGCUGGACCUUAAUGCUGCAGGAAGACACGGACUACUACGAGCUCAUGGGCUACGACUAUGUCCUUGACCUUGUCAGCGAGAUCGAGAUUGUGCCGGGCUUCCCAACAUGCACUGCCUACUUCCUGGUGUCGGUGGACAAGAGCAGGGAGAGGGUUCAUCACCGCAGACAGGCGCACACUGAUGGCCCCCACAACCCGGAGAAGGAGAGGAUCCUCGUUCUGGCCGGCCCCCUGCCCGAGAUGAUCAAACGAGAAGUGCCCAUCACCACGGCAACAGCCUCCUCCCAGCAGAGCAGCUCUCAGCACCGAGUCACCUCCAGCAAGCGGGUGGUAACCAACGGCAACCAGGAGGACGAGCUAGGCUUCUCCACCACCAGUGUGCUGAACCAGCGACCGACAGAGAUCCUCCCGGCCGGACUCUCGGAGCAGAGCAAGAUGAACAUGCGCUACACAAAACGAUCUCGGGCACCGGGUCCCCCGCUAGCCAACGGACACGUUCCUAACGGAAUCGCGAACGGACAUAUCACGACCAUCGAAGAAGAUGAGGAAGAAAACGGGGAGGGUAGUUACACCGAUCUGUCGAAGAACAAACUCAACGGAAGGUACUUCCCCAACGGCGAGGUCAAAGUUAUUGACGCCACAGAUCUGUCUCAGAGCAAGCUGAACCACCGGUACAACAAGAAGAACAACCCGGGCCGCGGGAAGUCGGCGGGUGUCCCUGACCACAUCCGACGCAAACACAACAACAUGCGGGAUGAGGCCAUGUCGGUGACCUCUGACCACACGGACUGGUCUCACCUCGUAGAAGACAUCUUCAACAACGCCCUCAACGACCACGUAGAGCAAGACGGGCAGCGGCUCGGGGGUCGGAUCAAGGGUGGAGGGAAAGGUGUCCCGGGGCUGCAGCAGCCGCAGCCGCUGACUCAGCCUGUUGGCUUUAACCUGGGUGGCAUGGCCGUGCCACCGACUGUUGGGGUUCAAACCCCUGUGGUGCCCGCCCCCCUCAACCUGACGGGGGCUCCCACCGUGCCCACCAUCCCCACCGUGGGCCUCAUUAACACAGACCCACUACAACAAGUGGCAGCCCAGCAGAUGGCUCAACAACAGGCUGUUCUUCAGGCUUAUCUGAGCCAACAGCGUCAGCAACAGCAGCAACAGCAGCAGCAGCAGCAGCAGCAAGCCUUGCUGCAAGCCAAUCUACAGCAACAGCAACAGCAGCAGCAGGCAGCCCUCCAGGCAUCGCAGCACCAAACAGCAGCGCUGAAAACAGCUCUACAACAGCAGGAGCUGCAGAAUAAAUAUCUGAAGCAGUCUAUUGAGCAGGAGGUUUUGAGGCAGCAGUUGCAGCAAGUGCAGCUGCACCAGCAGUACACCCCUCUGAGCCCUGGCUCCAGCUUCAACGCAAGUUUCUCCAACGGGCCCAGCAUGAAUGGCGGCUACAUGGCGUCUGCUGCUCCGACAGUGGUCCCCACUGCUGUGCCGCCCGUACCCAUCGUCAAUGGUUCUAUUCCUGCCCCAACACUCAACCAGACAUCGGAGCAGAACGAGAGCCCGCGGCGAGUGAACUUCAUCAAGUCCACCUUUGAGAACCGGAGAGCUCCCCCCGCCCAGCCAAAAUCUCCCCCGCCAACCGCCCCGAAGACGAACUUCAAACUGACCUCUCCGGACCAGCUCAACUCUUCAGGUGGGAGUUUUUACAUUGGUACAUCACAGGUCGGCAAGCUGGAGAUCGACGAGCAUGUGGCCAGCGGUAUCGAGAGCCGGAUGAUCGGAAAGAAGAAGUGGCAGAAGGCUGAACCACCUCCCCCAGACGCAGAGGCGCCAAAGUCCAUUCUCAAGAAAGAUGACGCGGAGGUUCCAUGGACGCUGCACAUCCGCAAGGAAGUGUUCUGGCCGUCAGAGAAGCUGGAGAACCCGAUGGCGCUGCACCUGAUCUACUGUCAGAUUGUGGCAGACGUGUACAACAACGGGUGCGUGCGCAUCACCAAGGACCAGAGGGUCAAGAUGAGGGGCAUGCUGGAGGGGUAUGGCGUGAACCAGGCCAACUACCUGAGCAAGGAGCUCAAGCCUCAGGUGAAGAAGGUGGUGGUGGACACAGCCAAGGAGUGGCCCAUCUACUUCUGCCGCCUCUUCCCCAUCGCCGUUUGAGGACGUGAUUGACGUGGUUCUGCCCACUAGCUCCACCAUACAGCUCAACCUCCGGACAAAGUCCCUCAUCUUCCACACCACCAGGGCCCGUCAACUCAAGGACAUGAUUGACAGAUUUUGUCAUGAAAGUGAAAAGGGCAACAAGCAUGUGGUGGCGGUGAGAGACUACAUCACGCGGGAGUCCACGCUGCUCAGCUUCAAGAGAGGAGAUAUCAUAAAACUGAUGGACCCUGAGAUGAAUCUGGAGAGUGGCUGGAUGUACGGCUCUCUCAAUGGCAUUGUGGGACUGUUCCCUGCGGAGUACGUCAAGUCUUUGGCUCGUCACGAGGUGGAAACAUCCUCAUCGAAGCCUGUGCUGUAUCAGCCCAAGACUCUCCACCCUCUGCCAGUCAGGCAAGACUCUCACGGUCCAGACGACAGAAGCGAGACGAGCCAGGGCACGGUGGUGGCAGACGGCAAGUUCUCCAUGAUGGAAUACGCCAUGCUGCACUUCCGCGAGUCGCUGGAGAAGUAUGAAAUGCUCAGAACCGAGGAUGGCUCCAUUAGGGGCACGGUGAAAAUGAUUGAGAACGUCAAACUGCAAAACAUGAAAAACCGGGAACACACGAAGAGAGGUGGCUCAGACUGGUCGUGGAAGGAGCAAGCCGAUCUGAUCAAAUGGACUAGGUCCCCAAUCCAAGCGUCGCUUCUCAAGCUCAACACUCCAGAACUCAACAAGCUUGCCCUGGAAUGUUUCAUUGCCAUCAUGCAGUUUAUGGGAGAUUACCCCAUGGGUACCAACAUGACUGACUUUGACUGUGCCAAGAAAAUACUGAAGAGUUGCCACGUACAUCCUGAGCUCCGUGAUGAGGUGUUCUGUCAGCUGUGUAAACAAACCACCAACAACCGCAGCAUGUCACAUAAGAGCAAGAUCCGAGGCUGGCGUCUGUUUGCCCUGGUGGCGGCGUAUUUCGACUGCUCGGACACUCUCCAGCCUUACCUGUUCAAGUACUUAGAAAGCACAGCCUCCGACUCCACGCGCACUUACAACAGUGCCGCAGCUUUGUGCCUUAACAACCUCCGCAAAACGUUCAAAUAUAGCGGCCGCAAAGAUGUCCCUCUGAAGGAAGAGGUUCUUGCCCUUGCUGACGGCCGUAACUGCAAGAGGUUCCCGUUCUUCUACUCGGGCGCCGACACUCGCGGGGGGAUGCUCCAGGUCAAGUCUUGCACGGUGGUGCAAGACGCGAUAGAAGAAGUGUGCAAAGGGCUUUACAUCGACGACCCCAUCGAGAUGGAGGAAUACAUCUUCUUUGUCCGAACCAACGACGGCACGUUCAGCAAGCUGAGCCGGGAGCAGUACGUGCUGGAUGAGACGGCCUACUACGUGCGGAGACAGAUCAACUAUGACCUCAUCUUCCAGAGGACCGUCUGGUUCUUCCCACUCAAGCAUAUGGACAACGAGAUCUUUGUCGACAUGAUGUUUCACCAGUGCAUCCUGGACUACGUCGAAGGAUUUUUGGUGAUCAAACCUGGCGGCCAGCUGCCUAGAGAGACUGCCGAAGACAUUUCUAUGUUGGGAGCCAUCCUGCACAAGGCCAACAAAAUGGUUGGAACACCAACACUGAAAGACCUGGACGCCCUCGUGCCCCGGACGGUCCGCCUAUCCGCGGACGCUCGGCCCCAGCAGUGGCUCAACAGCAUCCACGACAAACUGCCCCUCGCCGCACGCAUGUCUACGCUGGAGGCCAGGAGCCGCUUUGUAGAAAUCCUGAGAAGAUGGCGCCUGUUUGGUUCAACGUUCUUCAUGAUCAAUAGUAUUCCCAACGUUGGUGGUCGCUGCAUGCUGGCUGUAAACCACGAAGGAAUCUCCUUCCUGAAGCAAGACACUCACGAGCUUAUCAGGCAAUGCUCCUUCAGCGAGAUCCUGUCCACUCGCCGUUACCAUGACGACAGCGGCGUCAACUACCUGGACAUGAAGUUGGGCAACCUGAUGGUGCAGGAGAUACUCCGAAUUGAGACUGACCAGGGUUCAGACAUUUCUGAUUUGAUUGGUCAAUACCUGCAAGUGAUCAACCGGGUCCGCAAACGUCGAGACAGGCCUAGCCCCAAUGGGAACCACUGAAAGGUCAAGGUCGAGAGUCUCCCGUAAACGCUGGAAGUUUGGCCGUGUUUCGAGAAAGCUUUUCCUGUUGAAUGCUGCAUAUGAAUUGUUACAUGUACAUAUAUAAUCAAAAGUUUCAAGACAAUUAUAUUUCAGCUUCAAAGUGUCUGCUGCCUAUUUGUACUGCUUUCAAACCACAAGUUUCCAACAUGCCUUACGUUCAGCCCAUAUCAUUUGACAAAAGGCAACAAAUAAUUAUGUCAAAUGACAAAGUUUCAUGAGGACAAGUGCCUCCUUCGCCUUUGCGUAUUUGCAUAUCAUUACCAGCAGAACACGAAAUCACAAUAUUUGUACUUCACAUGAGUAAUUGAGAGUACGGUAUGAGCAAAGGUCAUAUAAAUUAAUAUAAUAUCAUACAUCUAACUACUGAAAAAUACAAAUCACCUUGGAAUAAAAUAUUUUACCACACUG